CGAGGCGAAACAAGAGCGUGCAAAAUGGAGGAAGAAAAUAACGUUGCACAAGAAACACCAGAACCCUACGAAGAACAGGAACAACCACCGGCUGAAAGACCUGAUGAAUAUGGUGGAGGUUAUGACUAUUCAGGCUAUGGCGACUACGAGAACAAGCAGCCCCGUUUUCCGGGUCCCAGGGGACCUGGACCUAGGGGAGGUUGGAGAGGUCCAAGACCGCCACCAUAUGGGAGAGGACCACCACGAUUCCGUGGCCCACCACCACCGGGAAUGAGGGGACCACCAGGGAUGAGAGGCCCUAUGCGUGGACCUGGACCAAGAGGCCCGCCCCCACCGUUCCCUGGCAGACCCCCAUUUGACCCAAAUUAUGGUCCUCCCCACGGCCCUGGUCCUAUGGGGCCACCUAUGGGACCCCCAGGAAUGCCCCCACAUGGUCCUCCAGGCAUGCCCCCACCUAACAUGGGACCCCCUCCCAUGGACCAGUUUAAUCGACCACCAGGUACAGGUGGGAUGCCACCCAACAUUCCCCCACCAAACUUUAGUGUACCACCCCCUGGCUUUAUGAACCCACCAAUGCAGGGAAACCCAAAUGAUCCUGGCUUACAGGAGCUCUGGGUGGAAACAAAAACUGCUGAAGGCAAGACAUACUUCUACAACGCAAAGACUCGUGAGUCAGCUUGGACUAAGCCAGACAACGUGAAGAUUAUCACACAGGCCGAGGUGGAACAGAUGGCUGCUCAGUCAGCCCAGGUUAAUGCUGCAACUACAGCCCCUGGAACAACAACUGUCACACCUGCAGAACAAGCCCCACCAUCAUCCCAGGGAAUGGAACAGCCCGUAGUGCCUGGUUUGUCUGCACCAGGGUUGCCUCAAGGGGGUCAACCCCCAUUUUUGCCCCAGGGGAAUUUCCCUGGAAUGCCGUCAGGCUUCACUCCCAAUAUGGUGCCCCCAGGGAUGGGUGGAUUUCCUGGUCAGAUGCCAAUGGGAGGUCAGCCAAUGGGUGGUGCCAUACCAGGGCCAGAUAAUUCUGUAGUUGCCCAUAAGCUUCCUUCUAGUCAGUUGCCACCAAAGCCAGCAGAGGUAGCGGUAUGGACGGAGCACAAGAACACAGAUGGCCGAUCAUACUACUACAAUUCAAAGACUAUGGAAUCCACUUGGGAUAAGCCCCAAGACUUGGUAGACUGGGAUGCAAAGAUUACUGCCCUGCAGAGCCCAGUCACUACUACAGAGCCUGAGCCCGCUAGAGUGAAUGGGACUGUUCCCAUGGAUACCAGCAAGCCCCAACCGGCUGCAGUGAAGUCAGACAGUGAGGAUGAUGAUGAUGAAGAACAGGAAGAAGAAAAGGCUGAAAAAACAGAACAAGAGAAAGCCCAGGAGAAGUCCCGUCCAGUCUCCAGUACCCCUGUAUCUGGCACCCCCUGGUGUGUGGUGUGGACUGGGGAUGGGCGGGUGUUCUUCUACAACCCCUCUACCCGUACCUCCCUGUGGGAGCGCCCGGACGAUCUCAUGGGGCGGGCUGAUGUAGACAAACUGACUGAAGGACCGCCUGGAGAGAAAUCUGCCAUUAAGGAGGAGGAAACUGGGGAACCUGCUGCCAAGAAGAAGAAGUUGGAGGAGAACAAGGAAGAGGAAAAAAAGAACACUAUAGAUAAUAGCAAGGAGGCCGCUAUAGAGGCUGAAGUGCAGGCUGCCAGGCAGAGGGCUGUGGUGCCUCUUGAAAUACGCAUGAAACAGUUCCGGGAUAUGCUGGCUGAGAAAGCUGUGUCGGCAUUUUCCACCUGGGAGAAAGAGCUUCACAAGAUUGUGUUUGACCCACGAUACCUGUUACUGACGUCAAAGGAGCGGAAACAGGUGUUCGAACAGUAUGUGAAGGAGCGUGCGGAGGAAGAGAAACAGGAGAAACACCGGCGUAUGCGGGAGAAGAAGGCUGCCUUCAAACUACUCCUAGAGGAGGCUAAACUGCAUGGAAAAUCCUCGUUCAGUGACUUCGCGAGUAAGUAUGGGAAAGAGGAACGCUUCAAGGCCAUCGAGAAGAUGCGGGAACGUGAGGCUAUAUUCAGCGACUUUGUCAGCGACGUGCGCCACAGGGAGAAAGAGGAAAAGUCCAAACAAAAAGAGAAGUUGAAAACUGAGUUCCUAGGGCUUCUAAAGGAGACCUCUGAAAUCGAGCGCCACUCUCGUUGGAGCGAUAUCAAGCGGAAAAUUGAUUCUGACCCGCGCUACAAGGCUGUUGACAGCAGCUCUCGACGGGAAGACUGGUUUAAGGAUUACGUCAAGACUCUCGAUGAUGAAUCAGAUGAUGAGGAUCGCAAGACGCGCGAAAAACAGGAGCGUGUUGAAGCUAGUAUCCGUAAACGCGAGGAAGAGGUGAAGAAAGAUCUGUCCUCGUCAUUGAGGGAGAGAGAGAAGGAGAGGGAACAGCACAAGAAAGACGAGGCCAUACAAUUGUUCAAUGCCCUGCUGGUGGACCUGGUUCGUAACCAUGAGGCGUCAUGGCGUGACACCAGGAAGCAGUUGCGUAAGGAUCAUCGCUGGGACAUGGCCGCUGGAAUUGAGAGGGAGGAGAAAGAGCAACUGUUUGAGGAACACAUCAAGGCCCUUGCCAAGAAAAACAGGGAAAUGUUCCAUAAACUCCUCGAUGAAACCACCGAGAUUUCUUUGAGCUCAUCCUGGAAAGAGAUUAAGAAAGUCAUAAAAGAUGAUCCCAGAUACUCCAAGUUCUCAUCAAGUGACAGGUCCAGGGAACGAGAGUUUGACGAGUAUCUGCGUGAAAAGUAUGUUACGGCUAAGGCCGAGUUCCGUGAGCUGCUCAAGGAGACGAAGCUUAUCACAUACACAUCGAGGCUGAAACUGCAGGAGUCCGAGAGCCACUUCAAUGACAUCAUUAAGAUACUUGAGAAUGACAGGCGUUACCUGACGCUGGAAGCGGUCGCUGAUGAACGUAAGAGAAUCUUGCACUCAUACAUUGAUGACCUGGAGAAGAAAGGCGUGCCCCCUCCGCCAACCGCCUCAGAACCGUCCCGUAGAAACGUGAAGUGAGAAAUGGUGUGUUGAAAAUCAUGUUGAGGUUUUAAAGAUAAAUGUCUGAAGGGUAACCUUUGGAUAGUGUCAUCAUGUGUAUUGUGGAAAUGUGAUAUUGUCCCAGCAGUAAAGCUGCACAUUGUUUUAAAGAUGUGUAAGAAGCAUAGGGAACAUAGUUCUUAAGAUAGUGUUUUUCCUGCGACCUAAAGAAAGUGUUUUUCCUAAGACUUAUCAUAUUUUUUCUAGGAGGGCUUUUAAAACAGAUACAUGUUCGUUGCCUACAUUUUGUUCCAUGUAAGAGGUUUUGGAUUUCGCCUCGGGUUUAGAAAAUGAUCCAUACUCUCAUUUGUUUUUAAAAUUUUAAUUCUUAGACAUUGGCAUUGAUUUAAAAUUGGAACAUUUCAGGAGUGAAUGGUGUACUCUUAAUAUGUGUUUUUGGAGAUUGUCAAUGGCAAAAACUAAUUAAAUCCAUUAUUUAAGCAAGUGAUGGAUGUUUCUGUAAAUCUAGAUAAACAAACGGAACGCAUAUGAUCAGUUUGAUUUCUUGAGUAGAUGUUUAAGGACGUGCUUUAAAUACAAAAGUAAGUGUGUGUAAUGCUAUACAGAAAUGCCAUACUGCAUACUGUAAAUUGCACUUCGGGUGUAUUCCAGUGCUUGAUACUUGCAAAUCCAUAAUGUUAUUAUUAAGAUGCAUGUACUAACCACCUAUUUGACAACUAUGAUCAUUUUGGAGAUAUUUAUGUAUGUAUAUUUCUCCGGUAUUGUUAACAAGUAUUGUAUUGCCUGUGAACUAGUACAUGUAAAUUAUGACAGAUGUUAAACUAAUCAUUGUAACAACAUUAAAAUAUGUUAAUAAACACACUUGGAGCGUA